CCAAGCCCUCCCGGAUGGGCAUGGUGUCCCCCCCUCGCCCCGGCACGCAGGACUCCGCCCAGACCCCCGCCCACCUCCUGUGGCUGCAGACGGAGGACAGCCACGCAGAAGGAGGCAGGUUCCGCAACGGCCUCGGCGGGGGCGGCAGCAGCAGCGACGGGGGGGAGGGGAGAUCGCCCGACCUCAUGAAACUCAACACCUUCGCCCCCAAUUUCAACAUGACGAGGACCUAUGAUGAGGCUCUGGACACCUUCAGGUCGCAGGGGAGCCAGAGAUUCAAAACAAUCAUCACUUGAAUCAUCACUCCAAUGGCCACAUCCCAAACGGCAUGUUCAACGGUGCAUUCAAUGGAUUUAACCUCGCAGACAACACUGUUCCAAAUGGAUCACUUCAGUUAUCCAUCCAGGGGAAGAGUGUCUUUGAUACCGAUGCCGAUGAUGACAUUGUGCAGAUGGCAGCUCAGAGGGACCAACUCCGAGGGGCAAGGAAUAUCAGAGGCAUGAUGGCGCCUGUCAUGAGUAAAGAGGAGGAUCCAAGAAACAGAAGUGCAAACCGCCGCUUUCUUCUGACAAAGCAGCGAAGUGAGUCCAUGCUUGGAGACCAUGAAGAGUCUCAAGAGGAUGUGUUUCCGUCAAUGGACAACAGAGAAGAUGGUGAUCAGGGAGAUGUGGUUGGAACCAUGAACAGAAGAAGAGGUAUUAGGGAAAUGGGUGGGUUGAUCGGUGGAUUGGGAGGGGUUGGGCUGCGUCCAAAUGCAGACUAUCUGUCAGACCUUAACAGGCGAGGAGACAUUAUGGCUCAGUCGAUGAGGAGGCAGAGUCUGAAGGGCUCAAAGCAGAACCUGCUGGAGAGUGGAUUUGCAAACUUUAGCUCAAAUGACAGUUCAAGAAUGAGCAUAGGGACUGUCAGUCCUGAGGAGUUUUUGAUAUUCAAAUCAGAAAAUGAUAAGUCUGCCAUGAUAGAGCAAGGUGCAGGAGCAGGCCUCAGAAAAGGACAACCUCGUUUCAUUCCAAACUCUCAUGAGGAUAUUCAGAUACUAAACCUUCAAGGGUUUAUGGAUGCUUCUUCCUUUGCAAAUGACCUUGGAAACUUGAGUAAGAGAAAACAAAGGAAAAAAAGGGGCAAAAGGGGUCUGGAAAAUGGUCAGAUUGAAAAAAUACGAGAUGGAUAUAAGCAGAGUUCCAGGCCGAGAAGAAAGCGAAGCCAUAGACUACCCAAGACUCAUAUGAGUGAUGAUGAUGAUGGAGAGUUGACUCUUAAAGACAUUGAUGACCUUGAUAACAAAGUGGCGGGGCUUGUCAUUGGGCCCAAAACUGUAAAUACAGAGAGUUCAGGCACUCCCAUUACUCUGGAAGAAGCAAGCCAUCUCAGAAAUCUUCUAACAGGAAGCCCAGCUAAUACAAUGCCAGCAGAAUGGAUGCAACAAAACUUCAAGCAAAAUGCAAAUCCAAAUUUGUCAUACGGCUUGGUUCAGAAUAAGGGAGGUCCUUGUGGUGUGUUAGCAUGUGUUCAGGCUUAUAUGAUGAAGUGCCUCAUCUUCGGUACUGCUGUGUCUCCCAGCACCAGCCCUGUGAGUCCCCUCCGGCCAUCUCAACGAGAAUGGUUAUGGGCUCUAGCUUCUGCUAUUACAGAAAUAUUGUGGAAGGCUGGACAGGAGAAAAAGGCAAUACUUGCACUACCUGGUUCUUUCGCCCACUUUGCGGAACAUGGUGUCGGCCGUUACAGUAACGAUGGUGUGACAGAGAACCUCAACCUCUACGAAUUUGUUGUACAGGAUGAUCUGUAUGAUGCAGUCAAUCGCCACAUGUCGGUCUUCACUGCUGAGACUGGCUCUGGUUGCGUUAUCCUCCUGUACUCAUUACUUCUGACGAGAGGCUUAGAAAAUGUCGAAACAGACAAGGAUGCUGGUGGUGGUCAGCUCCUGAAUGCACACGGAUAUUCCUCACAGGAAAUUGUGAACCUCCUCCUGACAGGUAUUGCAUGUACUAACACCUUUAAUGGUGAUCAGACCCUUGGCGGCAAUUCAGAUGACAAAGUUGUUUUGAAAGGUGUCCAUCAUCGAUCUGACAUUGGUCUUCUGUCUCUGUUUGAACACUAUGAUUGCUAUAAGGUUGGAUCACAUCUCAAGACCCCACAAUACCCAAUAUGGGUCGUUUGCUGUGAAAGCCACUACAGUGUCCUCUUCAGCCGCGACACUGCCGUCAGUGCUGAUGUACCUCCUAACACUAAGUUUGAUAUCUACUAUUAUGAUGGCCUUGCCCUUCAGGAAGAUGAGAUAAGGCUUACUAUUGAUAUGGAGGGAGGCGAACCUGACCUAGCCAUUAUACCUCCAAUGGAACACUGUAUCAGAACGAAAUGGAAGAAUGCAGCUAUUAACUGGAAUGGAACCGAGCCAAUUUUAUAGUUUUAGGACAUUUUUAUUGAUUUAUAUAUAACUGGUGAAAAAUUGAAAUGGCAUCAAUGGAUAUAUGAGUGUAAUUAUAUGGGUUUAUUCCUGUUCCUUGAUGUUAUAGUUUAGUGCUAAUGUUUAUGUUCAGAAAUAAUGGGUAUUCCUUAUCUUAAUUCUUAUGUACAGACAAUAUGUGUAAAUGGAAGUACCGUGUACUGUAUGUAUAUCAUAGUGACAAAAAGAGCGAACAGGAAAGGUACUAAGAAAUGUGAAUAUUUUUUAUGUCAUUAAAAAAGAAAAAAGAGAAAAAACAAGAAAAAAUCAGUAAUGAUAGUGAUUCUUAUUUUAGGUUACUUAUGGUGCAUAAAGUAAAGGAAUAUCUGACCAACAAAUAUAUGUUUUAUAUGAUACUCAGAGGUGACAGUUGAGACAAAAGAAUAAUAACUAUAACUAUGAUUUUGUUUUGCAUCACAAAAUCGGUUCAGUAGAAUUUAUUGGUCUUUUUUUGCAUCUAAAUGUGUGUAUUUUUCAGAAAUGUCUUCAAAAACAAAUCACUAAUAAGUAAGGCUUUAAAUAUUUUUGGAUUGUGUCUCUUUACUGUCAAGAAUAUUUCUGGAAAAUAUUCUUUAAUUGCAUACCCUUACAUGACUUAAAGUUAUGAAUUACUAAUAUAUAGUGUGAUAUAGUGAUAAUCACCAAGAAUAUCAUUUGGCAAAGGGUCUCAUUUAUAAGAAUUGAAACUUCAUUUUGAUUCAAGUACAUAAGACAUAAGAGUUCUUUUUGUUCAAUACAGUAAUUUCAGAGCAUUUACGACUAGCAGCCUUUGAAUCUAUAAUAGAAUUCCAUGAAACAGGACUUGACUAAGUUAAAGACAUUUGACUUGUCUUGGGAAAAUACAAAAUCUGAAACAUAUAUCCAAUUAGUCUAUAUUCAUUUCAGCUUAAAUGUAUAUGAAAGAGAAACUGGUUAA